CGGGCGUCACAAUUUAGUACAUGUACAAAGUUCGAAAAACGAGGAAACGGUACCGUGUCCUCGAAGCGGCAAGGCUGUCUCUUCCAUUACACGGAUGAGGACAUAAUUAUUCCACUUUGUAAUACAAAAAUGGAGACCAUUUAUCAGAUUUUCAUUUGUGGUCUGCUCCUCGGAAUUAACAUACCGAUUUUUCACGCAUCAACUGACAUCAUCCUGACACCAGGGAGUCCCGAGGAGGAUUAUACAUUUAACAAUACAUGUACCCAACCUCCAUGUCAACAAUGCUCCACGGCCUGUCCACCUGUUUCCGUAUCAAGCCCCCUUGCAACCACCCUCGUUGCUACCUUUAUAGAUCUUCGAAUCCCUGCAGAAUAUAAGAUAACAUUUACAAACCUGAACACCAGUGAGGAGUUGCUUGCCAUUUCAGGGAUAUCUCAAGUCAUCGAUCCGAUUUAUGUUGAUUCCUCGCAAUUGAAAAUGGAAGUGGAGAAAGUCGUUGGGACCAACCCUCCUUUCACGUUUUUUCAAGUGAGAUUUUCUUUUAUAGAUCGGCUACAAGAUCCGUUCAUCCGGUCAAGCGGUGGUGCCUUUGCCCUAUCCGACACAUAUCGAAACAUCACCUUGCAGAGUGCCAACCUGUCCAGCAUGACAGACCUGGAGGCCGAUCUCCACUGGUUUAUCACAGCCACCUCCUACUCCUGGAUCCAGGUUGAUAUCCUGGAGAUGGAGCCAGGAAUGGGGGCCACUGUCUGCAUCUUCGACACCUUCAACACCUAUGGAGAAUGGGUGUGCAUGACGAACUCGGUAUCGUCCACCUCAUGGUAUUCGUACGAUGACGAGAUCAGGUUGUUGUUCUCCGUCCGAAUAGGUGAUCAGCCUGGUGCUGGUCUGACGGUGAAGCUGACUAUCAUCGAUCAUUUAACAUGGAAUGGUCAGUCCCUGGCCAUACCAUCGUGCAACCCGAAAGUGACUCUACAGGAAGCAGAAACCAUCAGAUUUACUUCACCAUUCUUCAAUCAAUCUGUUGAAAAUGUGAGAUACCAGUGCAGGAUGACAUUCACCAACGGAUUACAGCCAGCCGGCAUUCAGUAUCAUCAUCUCGAUGUCAAAGACAGGGUUAUAGUUCACACAAGAGAGUCUGGGGAAUUGUUGAAACUCGCGGAAGCUACGGAUAUUCACAUGGGAUCUUUGGAUCCCCCCAUCAUCUCUGUGUCGCCAACUCCAGAUAUUUCCGUUGACGUGAAUAAAGAUUACCAGGGGACUGACGUUGGUCUAAUGGUGCAACCAUAUACAGAAGACAUACUGAAUGUAGGUCCAGAACCUUUGUCAUCCUUCGGCCUCGCCAUGGAACUUGACAACGCCUCAUUCCAACAGGACUUCAUCUCCCUUGGCUACCCGGUUCUUCCCAAUGCGGUCAUGGACUUCAAAUGGCUGUUCGACAAUCGUGUCACUGGUACGGCCAUCAAAAUUCAAUUCAUCGAUUUUGACAUCGGUGCGGCCACCCUUUUUGGCCAUGUAGCAGAGACGAACCCACCUCUAUGGCAGUUGACAGGAUCAGGGAUUCCAGACGAUAUCCUCACAGACACGACGAGACUGACGCUCCUGCUGCAAUCGGAUUCUCAAGGCACAUGUUGCAACAGAGGGAUUUACUUCAACUUAACACUGAUAACAAUGAUCGAUGAAUGUUUGAACACUCCAUGUCUAAACGGAGGAACUUGCACCGACGAGUUCGAAUCAUUCCGAUGUCACUGUCCCAACGAGUAUGAAGGAGAUUUGUGCCAAAACCAAAUUACCACACAAAGGCCGAUUCAAACGACGGAGAGCUCAACUUCAGCUGACAUUACGACGAUCGCAACACAGACAACGGAUGUAACAGAUUUCAUGACGCAUGACCCAACUUCGAAGACUACAACUCGCAGUGAACCAACUUCUACUAUGUCACCUACUAUAAACGAUGGCAAAAACACAGGAGAAUCGAAGGAUCCCGAUGUACUCAUUAUCGCACUGAGUGUUAGUAUCGUCAUGGCCUUUUUCCUCAUCGGAUUCCUGGUUGGCGUGGUGGUUUACCGAAGUCAGAAGCAAGCAGGGAGUUUGUCAAGCGCCGUCUCUCCGUCGUGCUCCCAAAACGAACUAAUCCAGGAGAAUAGAACAACCCCUGAUCGGUACCAAGAAGGAUUGGAUUUUCCGAGAAGCAAUGGUUCUCUUCCUCCACCACUUCCUCCAGACCGACCCGAUCCCCCACCUAGCUACUAUGACACGAUAGACGGCGGAGCAUGUAGAGGCAGCUAUUUAGAAUUGGACCCGUCCUCCAUGGGUGGUGAUGAAUAUGCAAAACUCCAUGAAAAACUAAACAGUCCAUACGCCACAGAGAUUUUCCAUGUCUCCCCCGCUGGGAAUCGGGAAUCAGCAUAUUCCGAUGCCAGUUACUGCAUGCCUAUGAAUGGCUACGUACCUCCAUCUCACAUUAGUGGACAACAAACAUCAGAGUUCAACACGUUUCACGAGUGAGACGAGGGGUCCGUUGCAAAUAAUGCUCGUGUAGGGAGUUUUUUUUAUCCUACAGCGCAGGACGAAUUCGGGAACAUAGAGAUAAAUUGUGCCCUUCAUGAGAAUGAGGUCUUCGUCCAAAGUCUGUGAAUUAAAACAGCAGUUUCGUUCUGGACUCUGGUCAAACGACAUAAUUUAUUUGCAAUUUUUCGUCAGCUCCGAAACUUAGGACGAUCUGCUUUUCCGGUUCAACAAUUUUCGAUAAAAACAUCUCUGCUGUUCAUUGUGGUUUGACUUGCUCGUUAUUUGGUGUGUUCUCGAAUUCGUCUGCGUGGCAGUGCAAAAACUCGCUAUUAUCAUGGGUGAAUAUACUAUAUAAUCGUAGCUUCCCUGAAACCCUUGAUUUUGAUUUUGAGUUACUUAUAGUCACAGCUUUUGAGUGUACCAUGAUACGAAUAGUCGGUGAUACUCACCGACAAUAUUUAUUGUUAUAAGCUUCUGGAAUCCUUGCAUGUGAUUGGCCGAGACAAAACAAGUGAGUGAAAAUCACUCACAAAACCUUUCAUGGGACGUUCCACGGGAAAAAUAUGCGGGGGGGGGGUAUUUCCAAAACUUUCAAUUUCCCAACUUUUUUCAUCCUCACUACAAGAUGAUGGCAAUACGCACCAGAGAGUAUAUACUACCUGCGUACAACUUCGGGCUACUUUUGUAAGAUAGAGGACACGCGAAUUCCUCCUUUGCCACCCCACUGCCUCUGGAUUCGCGUCUGUCUUGGAUAUCUAAUUGGCAUCUUCAAAACAAAUCUACGAUUAAUUUUUUUGGGUAUAAUUAUCAUAUAAAAAAAAUCAUACUAAUUAGCAUGAUUAGGUAGUAAAAAAAUCUAUACUUUCUGGUGAUACUCCAAAAUCAUCCCAAGAUUUUGAAUCUGGUAAAACUGCACUCCGAUUAUUAGUCUACUUUCUUAGUUUUAUCUGCUAGCUUUGUUUGGUAUUCAGAUUUGUCCGCAAUAACAGACAUUAUAACAUGAAUUAUUAGUCAUAUCGGUAGCCAAGUGUGACGCAAAUCUCUGUUCAUUUGAUCAAUAUUACCCAGAUUACACAGAAAUAUCGUAGAACACUAUGUACAGAAUAAUAUAUAAUAGGCCUACUGUAUUUCCAACAGCAGAGAUAACAUACCCGAUCACCUAAAGUUACAUUUACAUUGAGCAACUUAAAUACCACUUUCAGUACAAAUACUAACUAUUGUAUGGUUGUUUUUUUAAUUACAAUUUGUGAUCUUAUAAAAUGAAAUAAUAGGCCUAUAUCAUCAAUGCUAUGAAUGACGAGGAGGAUCUGUGCAUUUGGACGAAUGACUAAAUUCAUUUUUUAAUGCAAGUGAGUUGAAAACAUACAACAUAUUAAUUUGUAAAGACAGCUACCAACGGUACAAAUGGGCUUUUAUUUCAUUUUCAGGGAAAAAUUCGUCCUGCAUUUUUUUUUCAACGGGUAUGACUAAUUCUAUAGUGUUAACAGCAUACAUUAUAUGUAUCGUACAGACUGCAGAAAUCGUUUCUGUUUUAUAUUAAAAAAGUCUUAUAGCAAGUAAUUUUGAUACGAUGUAUUGAACUUUGUCUUUUUUCUGCAAGUAUUAUAAUCUUUAAUGUACCUGUAAGCAGAGAAAUUACUUUGUAUUUUGUUAUUCAGAUUAUGAUGUAUAAUAUUUUCUUGAGAUGCGUUUUAUAUAUUCAGCCCACUUUAAGAGAUUUU